AUGACCAUCGAUGACAGGUGGAAUCUCAUAAAAAGCCCCAAAAUUUGUGCAAAUUGUUUAAGGAAGGGUCAUUUUCCGAAUUCUUGUCCUUCGAACUUUACUUGUAAAUCUUGUCAAAAAAGACAUCACACUUCACUGCAUCGAUUUUACCCUAUAAAUUCUAAUGUUUACAAUUCCGUUAGGCAAAAUUCAAAUUCAUUUGCUAAUACUGCAGCCAGAUCUGAAAAUUUAGUUGAAGCUAGGGAUAAUAUUCAGCUCAGCACAACUUGUCAACAAAACUUUAAAAGUGAGGAACAUACUUUAUUAUCAACAGCUUUAAUAAAGGUUAAAAAUGCUAAGGGACAUUUCGUUAAUUGCCGAGCGCUGAUUGACAACGGCAGUCAUAAAUCUCUAGUGAGCAAAAACUGUGUUAAAAGACUGCAAUUAUCAAAGACUGUUACAAAUCAUUCGAUUUCAGGAAUUAAUAAUACGCUAGUAAAAUCUUCUUUAUCUGAAGUAUCUUUGGUCUUUUCUCCACAUUUUAAUGAGAAAAAUUUUUGCUGUAAAGCUUUAAUUGUAGACUGCAUAACAAGUGAUUUACCGAACUUCACAUUUUCUUCAUGCAACUGGCCACACCUGCAUGGUCUAAUGCUUGCAGAUCCAACAUUUCAUGCUACAGGUCCAAUAGACAUUCUGUUAGGAGCCGACUUAUACGCUGACUUGCUAAUUGGAGAACCAAUUUUAGGGAAGAAAGGUACUCCAGCUGCACUCAAUUCUCAUCUAGGCUGGCUAUUAUCAGGAAGAGUGUUCUCAAACUCCAAUAAGGAAAACUCCUUUGUGAACUGUCAUCUUACCUCAUCGUUGGAUUGUCAAUUGGCUAAAUUCUGGGAGCUCGAAUCUUUACCUCAAGCUGAACUGAAAUCAAAGAAUGAUAUAGAUUGUGAAGCAUUUUACGAAAAAACGGUUGCUAGAGAUCCAUCUGGACGGUAUAUUGUGAGAAUACCUUUCAAACAUUCUAUAGAAUUUGGUGACUCAGCUACUCAAGCAAGUAAAAGAUUCAACUACAUUGAAAGAAAACUAAGUAAGAAUAAUGAACUUGAGCAUCAGUACACAACUUUCAUGUCGGAAUAUCUUCAACUAGGUCAUAUGGAAAGGGUUCCUUCCGACGAACUGAUUAAGGAAUCAACAUUUUAUCUACCUCAUCAUUUCGUUAUUAAAGAAGACAGCAACACAACCAAACUAAGAGUGGUCUUCGAUGCGUCAGCUAAGGAUUCUUCAGGGAAUUCUCUCAACAAUGCAUUGCAUGCAGGUCCUCGUUUGCAGCCCGAAUUAUUUUCUCUAUUACUAAAAUUUCGAACUUUCAAAGUUGCAUUUACUGCUGACAUCGAGAAAAUGUUUCGCCAAAUUCGUAUUCAUGAAGAGGAUACUGAUUACCAACGAAUACUCUGGAGGUUCAAACCUGAUGAAGAAAUCCAGAUAUACAGAUUAUUAACUGUUACCUAUGGGACAGCCUGUGCUCCCUAUCUUACUGUAAAAACGCUUCAACAACUUGCUAAGGACAAAGAGAAAGCUUUUCCUGAUGCUUCAAGAGUUCUUAAGGAAGAAUUUUAUGUUGAUGAUCUGUUAUCAGGUACAGAUUCCAUCCCCAAUGCCAAAAAUCUAGUUUCAAACUUAAAAUCACUUUUGCAACGAGGAGGUUUCAAUCUCAGAAAAUGGUCGUCUAACUGUCUAGAGGUUCUAUCAGAUCUUUCCAAAGACUCUCUUGCACAGCAGCACAACGUUACUAUAGAAGGAAAUCAAUGUCAGAAGGUUUUAGGACUGUAUUGGAAUACACAGCAAGAUACUUUUCAGGCUAAAAAACAGGCUUUAAAGGAAAUAGCAAUUCAAAGAAGACUGGUGUCUGUAAAUAAUAUAAUCAUUGAUGCCCAGUUACACGGAUUUUGCGACGCCUCACUCAAAGCAUAUUCAGCUGUUUUUUAUUUGAAAGUAGUGGAUAACGAAAAUAGAGCUUCAGUGAACAUAGUGGCAGCAAAAACCAGGGUCGCCCCUUUGAAAACAGUAUCACUACCUCGCCUCGAACUGUGUGCAGCUCAUUUGCUAGCAAAAUUGUAUAGUAAUCUUCAAAUUUCGAUAGAUCAAUUUUGGAAGCAAGUGUUCUUAUGGUCGGAUUCAGAAAUCGUUCUGAGUUGGAUUCGAUCAGACUCUUUAAAGGAUCAGUUCGUAAAAAAUAGAGUUGCAGCCAUAACAUCACUUAAUAUUGGCGACUGGAACCAUGUGGCUGGUGUUACCAAUCCUGCCGACUGCGCCUCUCGAGGAAUUUUUACAAAGAAGCUUAUGGACUUACAACUUUGGUGGCAGGGCCCGGAGUGGCUAUCUAAUGCAAAUUCAGCAUUCACCGAAGAGGUUAAACCAAACUCUGUUCACACUCCCAACCCUGACACUUUAAUACAUGCCUCAGCAGUUGAAAGUAAUUCGAUGCAAGAGUUAACUCAAAAAUAUUCAUCAUUCAGCAAAUUAAUAAGAGUGAUUGCUUGGUGUAAAAGAUUCGUGUUCAACUCGAGAAAUUCGGGAAAUCGGAUAAACGGUUGCCUUCAAGUUUGUGAACUGGAUAAUGCUCCUAUCGCAAUUAUUAAGGAAAUUCAAAGGGCGGAAUUCAGUGCUGAAAUUAAGCUGUCCACUUGGAACUUGUCUGAUUUGUCAACAGAAACCUUCCUAGCAUCCUUUCGUCGAUUUAUUGCUAGACGAGGGUUGCCAUCUGGUGUAUACAGUGAUAACGCCACAAAUUUUAAAGGAGCCAGUAACUAUUUGAAGUCUCUGUACAAAAUUGUUCGAGACAAUUCAGUUCAAGAUUUUUCCAGCAAUCUUCAAAUCUCUUGGCACUAUAUUCCUCCUGCAACACCUCAUUUUGGCGGACUCUGGGAGUCUAAUAUUAAAUCAACCAAGAGACAUCUGCUAAAAGUAUGCGGCUCAGCUAUACUAAAUUUCGAAGAACUGGCUACGCUCUUGUGCCAAAUUGAUGCUUGCCUCAAUUCUCGACCGUUAUGUCCCUUAACCUCAGAAAUAAGUGAUCUAGAGGCUCUUACCCCUGGACAUUUUAUUGUGGGUGCUCCACUUCUUUCAUUGCCUGAGAGAGACCCAUCACCAUCCAUGUGUCUCAAGUCUAGAUGGUCUUUAAUUCAAAAACUUCGUGCUCAAUUUUGGAACAAAUGGAGUAAAGAUUAUCUCCAAACUCUACAAACUAAAUCUAAGUGGACUGGUACAUCAACGAAUGUUGCCGUUGGGGACUUAGUUCUCUUAAAAACUGACUCGAUCUCCACACCUUUAAAAUGGACUUCAGCCCGAAUAGAGAUAUUUUCUUUUCAAAAGCUCGCUGGCGCUACAGCCCGUGAAGGACCAAGACCUAUGUGUCCACCCCAGUUUUCUUGA